UGGAGGUUUACGUCUGUUCUUCGCAGCUCCUCGUGUUAGCCGGUGUAUAGAGAGGAGGACUGCCACAAUGGCAGCGCAUACGAUAACAAUUCUGACAGCGACGCUUGCGUUGGCCCUCGCCGUCCCCUCACCCGACAAAGGCGGCGGUCACCAUGGCGGCGGCCACCAUGGCGGAGGUCACCACGAUAUCGGCCACCACGGCGGUGGUCACCACGAUAUCGGCCACAGCAGUUACUCCUCAGGCCACGACACCUUCAGCCAAGUUAGCCUCGGCAGCCACGGCGGUGGUGGAUACGGUGGAGGCCACAUCAUAGGAUCCGGCAUCGGCGACGGAGGAGGAGGAUACAUCGGAGCUGAGAGUAUCAGCUACGGAGGCCACGGUGGUGGACAUGGAGGAGGAUACGGAGGAGGUCAUGAUAUCGGAUAUGGUGGUGGAUUUGAUAUAGGUCAUGGUGGUGGUUAUGGUGAUGGUGGCCACGGUGGAGGCUUUGGCGGAGGCCAUGGUGGUGGAGGAUAUGGUAUCAGUCACGGAGGAGGCUAUGGUGGAGGACAUGGUGGCGGAUAUGGUGGAGGGCACGGUGGUGGAUAUGGUGGAGGUCAUGGAGGUUACGGCAAAAAGGCACCACCUACCAUAAUCAUCAUCCAAAGCGAAGGGGGUGGAAAGAAAGGAGGCGGUGGUUUUGGCAAGAAGAUGAAAGACUUCUUCGGGGGAUACGGGGGAGGAGGAUAUGGUGGUGGUGGUGGAAAGAAAGGAGGCGGUGGCGGUGGUAAGAAGAAAGGAGGUGGCGGAGGAUAUGGUGGUGGAUAUGGACAAACGUAUAAACUCAUUGCGGUGCCCUACGGUGGGGGACAUGGAGGAGGUUAUGGAGGAGGUGGCGGUUACGGAGGUGGUGGAGGUUACGGUGGUGGCGGUGGCUAUUGGUGAGGAAUGUACAUCCAUGUAUGCCGGUGCUCAACUCAACCGCUUAUUUGGUCGCGAGAAAGUGUCAGAAGUCGAAGUUCUCAGCUACUAGCAUUAAGCAUCCGAAAUAUUUUCAAUGAACUGCGCAAGUGAUGUUUUAUGUCUUUGGAACGCAACGAACGAUUCAUAGUUAAAAUCGAGGAGCAUCUGAAAGAUACGCGAAUAUUACAUAAUUUCUUAUCAAAAUCAAGGUUCGAACUUUUUACUUAUAAUUGUAAAAUUUUAAUUUCUCUCAGUUGCCAGGUGAACUUUUUUUUAACGUUGUUCACCUCACCUAAAAUUCAGGUAGCGAGUUUAUUUUUGUUC